UAGAAGUAGAUGGCCACACCCAUCUGAAAUAACACUUGUAUCAUCCACAAGAUCACAGAGCAAAAAUGACAGAUGAACUGCAGACUUUCGUAAGGAGACUUCUACCAACGGUGGACGGACUUGAAGCCAUUGUGGUAUCAGAUCGAGAUGGUGUCAUUCUCAUUGAAGCUCGUUCAGGGAACGUGCCUUCAGCUGCACUGAAGCCACCGUUUCUUGGUGUUUUUUCCAUUGCAAGUGAACAGGCAAGCAAGCUUGAAGUGGGAAAGAACAAGAGCAUCAUAUCUUACUACUCUGGUCAUCAGGUGGUACAGUUCAACUAUUUCCCUUUAGUCGUCACAUUCAUUGCUGCUGUGGAUGCAAAUACAGGACUCAUUUAUGCGCUCGAGGAAGAAAUGAAAGAAACUGUCACUGACUUAAAGUCUGCUGUAGCUGCCAAUUAAAAUCUGCAUUUUGCCAUGAGUGUGUUGAUAUUGUAAGUUGUACGUGUGUUGCUAUUGAUCAUUUAAUUGCCUACUGGCAGUAUACAAUAAGAGGAGUUAGUACGUUAUGUGAAAA